UUUGGUUAUAUGCCAAACUUUUGUUAUAGGCCUUUUUAGAGGAGCAUCACUCGAUAGUAUUAAAUAAUUGCCCCCUGAAUGUACAGAGGUGCCGAGACGCUAAAACACAGUAUUAUAAGUCGAACACGAGUAAAUAAACGACCUAGGGGCGUGGCGCGCUUCAGUGAAACACGCCCCGCCCCCUCCUCCCCAGAGAACGUCACUAUAUUAUGACGUCACAUGGUAUAAACUGUACACCCGCGCGCUCUGAGGAUCAUUUCAGUUCAGUGAGAUUCCGAGCAGAAGCGAAGACGUUCACCUGAGCAGAGACUCGAAGUCUACCCAGACGGACAGUUGACAAAAAAUUCAGCAAGUUUGACAGCGACACAGUCAACACGCGUUUCUCCUGCGUUAGAGUCAGUGGAGUUCUACUUCAGCAGCUCAGUGUCAGCAGAUGUUCAGCUGAUGAUGAGUGACUCUCCACAGACAGCUGGAGGAAAAAGAUCUUCAGAACAACAGGCUUCUCCCACAGCAGCCGCUAUGGAGAACCGCCCAACAGAAAAACAAACCAGAAAGAGGAAGACAAAACGCAUCUAUGCAUUCUUCCGGCGAAUUGGGAAGACUUUAAAGCUUUGCACCCUACACUGCUACAGGGAAGAAAUAUUGUCCCCAUUUCCAUCCGAUGAUCCAGCAGAUCUCCAGCCAGGUUUAUCUGGCCUUGAAUGGGCGUUAUCAAUCGAUCCAUGUCCAUCUGGUUUGGAGCUGACAGUUAACACCAAUCCGGCUGAUCCUGAUGGGUCAUUGGUCUCAGAACCAUCCAGUCUUGAGGUGAUAUCUGACAGUGAUCAGGCUGAUCCAGAGCCAUCACCUGUCCCAGGUCCAUCCAGCCUCGAUUUAAAGUUAACACUGGAUCCAGGUCUAUCCAAACUAGUUUCUGAGACAAUGAAUGUCCCAGGACUAUAUAGUCUUGAUGUAACACCUGAACCAAGUCUAUCCAGUAUUGAGAUGAAACCGGACAGGGAUCUAACCGAGCCCAAGCCAUCAUCUGUCCCAGGUCCAUCUGGUUUUGAGGCAGCUGUUGGACAACAUUCAACAAAGAGGAAGAAGAAAGGCAUCUGUGCAUUCUUCCGCCGAACAUGGAGGGCUGUUAAGUGUGCUGCUCUCUGUGGCCAAAGGGGCAACAAAGUGGCUCCAGAUCCAUUUGCCAUUGACCCAGUGGCUCAACAGGAAAAUUCAGAUCUCCAGCCAGAUUUAUUCAGCCUUGAGAGGCUGACACUUAAUGCUGAGCCAACAUAUCUGGAGCCAUCACCUGUCCCAGGCCCAUCCAAACUGAAUAAUGAGCCAAUGCCUGCCCCACAUCAGUCUGGUUAUGAGCCACCUGUUGAAAAACAAAGAAAAAUCAGGAUGAAGAAAGACAUCCAAGCAUUCUUUCAGCGAACAUGGAGGACAAUUGAGUUUCCCUCCUUGGCCCCAGAUUCAUUUCGAGUUAAGCCAGUAGUUCAUUGGGAUCAAGUGGACCUCCAGACAGGUCUAUCUGGUCCCUUGUGGUUGUCAAGGAAUGAUCCAGGUCCAUCUUGUUUCGAGGUGACAGUCAUGGCCAACCAAAAUCCACCUGAUUCUAAGCCAGAUCCAUUCAGCCUCCAGUCACACUUAACACUUGACCCAGGCCCAGCUGGUCUUGUAGUUGAGUUGACGUCUGUCCCAGGACCAUCCAGUCAGGAGAUAAUGCCAGUCUAUGGGUCUGACAUGUGUCUGGAUGUUCCUGAGCUAAAACCCAUUCCAGGUUCCAGUCUCGUUCUGACAGCUGCUGUGGAUCUGAUUGAUCCCGAGCCGUCAUCUGCCUCUGGUUCAUGCAGCUGCAGGCGGACACCUGACACUGAUCUGGACAAUUCUAAACAAAAACAUGUCCCAGUCCUCUCUGGUUUUUGGCCAACUGCAGCAAAAUUUUCCUCCCGUUAUGAUGUGGGACGGAAGUUGGGACAGGGAGGUUUUGGCUCUGUGUAUAAGGGGACUCACAGAUUUAGUGGACGGAAGGUUGCUAUCAAAUUUCUACCUAAGAAUCUCUGGAACAGCUUAAUUAAUGUGCCUGGAUCUACAGAACCUCUGCUGUCAGAAGUGGUUAUAAAUGUGAUGGUGUGCGCACCUCCGAAAAGCCCCUACAUUGUACAAAUGAUCGAGUGGUUUGAUCAGCCACAUCAGUUCGUCAUAGUUAUGGAAUAUCCACAUCCAUGUCAGACCUUGCUGGAAUUUACCAUGUGCCAUGGAUGUUGUCUGGAUGAAUCUGUGGCACGUGGUUUAAUGCGGCAAGCGGUGCUUGCAGCCAAACACUGCAUUGAACGGGGCAUCUUACACAAUGACAUCAAGACGGACAACAUGCUGGUCAACACAGAGACACUGCAGCUCAAACUAAUAGACUUCAGCUGUAGCAAACGUAUUAACAUGUCUUGCUCUGAAGAUCAUCAACAGGCGGUUGGAUCAACAGUCUGGUCUUUGGCUAUGGUACUUUUGGAGAUAGUAAACGGAGACCAGCCCAUGAGUGUUUUGCAGAAAGCACGUCAUCCUUUGAUACCAAAUUUCUCCAGUGAGUUUAAAGAUCUGAUAGAGCAGUGUCUGGUCAGGCCUCAAACCAAGACGUUAGAGCAGAUCUUAGAACAUCAGUGGUUUAAGCUGGACUGAGGGAAGUCAGAGGAUCAGGAGGCAGGUUGUGUAACAGAUUGAGGGAAGGCAGAUACUAACCAACUCUUCAGUAAAAAAAAAAAAUAAAUAAAUAAAAGCAGAUCAUUCAUCUGUAGAGAAUAGCUAGCAGACAGCACUUUACUUCAGACCGAACUUUCACCUUUCACCUGUGGCACUGAAUAUUACACCUACUAUGGAGGUGACAUUUUGCCAAGACAAAUUUGUCAAGAUUCUAGUAUUUGGUUUUUCUCAAAAAUCCUAGAUAAUUGUGCACUUUGGAGAAAAACUAAAUGAAAGAGAAUGUAGUGGUCUAGAGACAAAUAGGCCUAAUGCUGAAGAUUCGGAACGGGUUCUUAGGGGCCUUUUGCCACAGAUGAAAUAAUCCAGGCAUAGCUGAAUUCAAAUAGUAACUAAGAGUAACUUGACAGAAAAUUCCAAGUGAAGACCAGUAAAGAUUUUACAGUAUAUUACUGGCCACCAGAUCUACGUUAGUUUAGGUACUGACAUUAGAUCAGGUACUGAGGGUAGAGUCAUUUUAUUACAAUAGGCCACUUACCCAAUCAGUACAAUAUUAUCUUAAAUAUUUUGAAUUCACAAACCUCUGAGUCCACACAUUAUAAAAAAAACAAAAGUCUCUAGACCAACAAGUCUAAACAGUAUAAUAUAUAUUAUAUUGCAAUUAUAUAUGUAUAAUAAAAUAUUAUAGUGCUAUUUAUAUUUCUGUAACUAUGCCUAUUUUUCUAUAGUGUAAUGAGUUCUCUUUGUUAGCAUUAGCUUUACUUAAAUAUUUUCUGAGUUAGACAAUAAAAUAUUUUUGACUUAAAUCAGAAUAUCAUUCCCACCUAAUUAUUAAAGUACAGUAAUGAGUAUAAAUGACAAUAAAUGAGAUACACUGACUUGUAUUGUAUUGACAACAAUAUGCAAUUUAAAACUGUACAUACUGCAUUUAAGAAUAGUUUGUAUUUUUGUUGCAUUUUUCUAGGUAGUUUCUUAUUUAUAAAUUAAUUUGUAUAUUAAGCUUAUUUCAAGAACAGAACAAAGUAUCUUAAUAAUGCCACACACUUAGAAAAAAGCCAUAAACUAGGGCAAUCAAUUAAAAAUGAGAAUUUUGAAUAUUUUUUUAAUUUAAUCUAAAAAUCCACAUCUGAAUGCAAAAACAUUGCCUUCACAUUUCACGUGUGCAUCAGGCAGACUUAUCAAUUGGUGCGUUUCUAUUACCUUUCAAAUUGCGCAAAUGAAAUGGAAAUGUCAAUUUUGCAAAAAUGCUCAUAUAUCAGAAAGUUUUUACGCUCACAUGAGGUGGUUUUCAGGCAAUGCGAAAGAGGAAUAAUUUGCAAAACUGCAAUGGAAACAAUUUUUUCGCAUUUACAGGUCACAGGGUUUAUGUUUAUGUUUAUGUUUACUAGCGUUAGUCGACUAGUCUAAAAGCAAGACACCCCCAAAAGAUGGUAAGAAAAAAAAAUACUUUGUGUGUGGGGUACAUUUGAAACACCUUAAAGUGCAUUCACAACUUGUCUGAUCUGUGAUAUUUUCU